CGCUGUGCGGAGCGGUGGCUGUCGGCAGUGCUGCGGGACGCUGUCGGGAUGUUCAGCUGGCUGGGGAAGCAGGGCGGCGGGCGGGAGCGCGGCGGCGGCACCGACGUGGUGCAGACGGUGACUGGUGGGCUGCGGGACCUCUACCUCCGUAAGCUGCUGCCGCUGGAGGAGCACUACCGCUUCCAUGACUUCCACUCGCCCGCCCUGGAGGAGGCCGACUUCGAGAACAAGCCCAUGGUGUUACUGGUGGGGCAGUACAGCACCGGCAAGACCACCUUCAUACGAUAUCUGCUCGAACAAGACUUUCCAGGCAUGCGGAUUGGUCCAGAGCCUACCACAGAUUCUUUUAUUGCUGUGAUGUAUGGAGAUGCAGAAGGAAAUGUUCCUGGAAAUGCCCUGGUUGUUGAUCCUAAGAAGCCAUUCCGUAAACUCAGCCGCUUUGGAAAUGCUUUCCUGAACAGGUUCAUGUGUUCGCAGUUACCUAACCAGGUACUGAAGAGCAUCAGUAUCAUCGACAGCCCUGGUAUUCUCUCUGGAGAGAAGCAGCGCAUCAGCAGAGGCUACGACUUCUGCCAGGUCCUCCAGUGGUUUGCCGAGAGGGUUGAUCGCAUCAUUCUCCUUUUUGAUGCCCAUAAGCUGGAUAUAUCUGAUGAGUUUUCAGAGGCUAUUAAAUCAUUCCGGGGCCAGGAUGACAAGAUUCGAGUGGUGCUUAAUAAGGCUGACCAAGUGGACACGCAGCAGCUGAUGAGGGUCUACGGUGCACUCAUGUGGUCCCUGGGAAAGGUGAUCAACACUCCAGAGGUGCUGCGAGUCUACAUUGGCUCCUUCUGGUCUAAUCCUCUCCGAAACACAGAGAAUCGAAGACUCUUUGAAGCCGAGGCACAGGAUCUCUUCAAGGAUAUCCAGGGUCUCCCGCAGAAGGCUGCUGUGCGCAAACUCAAUGAUCUCAUUAAGAGGGCAAGACUUGCAAAGGUUCAUGCUUAUAUCAUCAGCUAUCUGAAAAAAGAAAUGCCUUCUGUAUUUGGAAAAGAGAACAAGAAGAAGGAACUGAUCAGCAGACUGCCAGAGAUCUACAUCCAGCUGCAAAGGGAAUACCAUAUCUCAGCAGGAGACUUCCCUGAAGUCAAGAAAAUGCAGGAGUUGCUGGAGAAUUAUGACUUCACUAAAUUUCAUUCUUUGAAACCAAAGCUAAUUGAAGCUGUGGAUAACAUGCUAGCCAACAAAAUUGCCUCCCUGAUGAACCUGAUCAGACAAGAAGAGAGCAAUAUGCCCACAGAGAUUGUACAUGGUGGAGCAUUUGAUGGCACCAUGGCAGGACCUUUUGGCCACGGAUAUGGAGAAGGUGCUAAGGAAGGAGCUGAUGAAGAGGAAUGGGUUGUUGCCAAAGAUAAACCUGCUUAUGAUGAGAUUUUCUACACUCUGUCACCAAUCAAUGGCAAAAUAUCGGGGAUUAGUGCAAAGAAGGAGAUGGUGACUUCAAAACUACCCAACAGUGUCUUGGGGAAGAUCUGGAAACUUGCAGACUGUGAUGGUGAUGGCAUGUUGGAUGAUGAGGAGUUUGCAUUAGCAAAACAUCUCAUCAAGAUUAAACUGGAUGGAUAUGAACUGCCUGGCACGCUACCUUUCCACUUGGUGCCACCAUCUCACAGGAAACCUUUCCAGACAGCAGAGUGAAAAAUAAAGGGAGAAGAAUGAGGGGUUUGGAAAUCUUUCAACAAAUAUGUUGAAACCACCAAAAUUUGAAAUUAGGCUUAGAUCAUUAAACCUCACAGCACAUUUCACACAAGUUACUGAAAUUAGAAGCACGGUAGCAGGACAAACAUUCAUGUAGCUGUUCCUGCUGACCUUCACUCAGACAUGCUUAUCACAAGUGCCUUGUAUAGAUCUGUCUUAAGGUGAAAAUGUUUUUUUGUAGUCCUGCUUCCAUGUCUUGCUGGCUCUAGAACCAUAAAGCAGAAAAGGUCAUGUAUAAAGAUCACUGAUCGUCACCCAAUCUAAAUACUUCCAAUCACAAGUUUCUCCAAACAACUUUAAAUACUGCAAGGAAGCUCUAAAUAUUAAAUUCGCCUGCCUAUGCAAGGAACAUUUUCUAUGCUAAAAGAGACUUCAGGCAUGGAGUGAAUGUCAGCAUCUCUAUAGUUUAAGAAAAGGCUGAUAUAAAAGGAAAUGUUAUUUUUGUUCUUUUUCUUAUUUAAUAAGGGGUUAGAAAAAGAGAAGAGUUUUUUAAGUGGUCAAAAUAAAAGCAAAUGUGCUUCACAACUGUAUUGAUUAUAGCUGGAACUGCAAAAUGUUAAAAUUAUUCUUUCAAGCUGUCAUCAUUGUGUCUUGUUAUCUGAAGAACUUCUGCUUCGAUUUUAAAAGAGCACUAUAUGCGCAGUAUUACGAUUAGAAGAACUGAAUAGCCUUUGUUCCUUGGGCUUGGAGUUUCUGUUGAAGUUUCAGUUUAGCUGCUCUGCAGACAGUAAAUUCCUGAAUUGUUCAAAGUGGCAACAGAAUGUUUUCAUAAGCUAAAAAAGAAAAAAAGAAAAUUGUGUUUCCAUUGAAAAUCAAGCCUCACUUUCUGUUAGGAAAGGUGCAUUGCUCAAAGUCAGCCUCAUCAAAACACAUCACAUUGGCUUGGGAAAUUUUCACUGGUAUUUAAUUUCUAUUUACAGGUAAUUAUACAGUUAUCUCUAUAUUUUUAAUAUAUUAUAUUUUUAAGAAAAGUUUUUAACGCUUUCUUUCGUUAAUGUGUAGCUGACAACCACAAAAGAGAGAUUUGAUUCCUAUGAAGGCAGAUGUGAGACAGGGAAGUUAACAGGAAUCCUUACAUUGACUGUAAUAAAUGAUAGACUGGUCCCUCCAGAUGUUACUCCUUUAUCAAAAACAAUCUGUGAAAGGAAUGGAUGCUUAAUAAACAUUAGUUUUUCUAACAACACAAUCCAAGAUGAACAUAACAGCUUCUUACUGAUUUUUAUCAGUACCUUAAAAGAACGCAAAUAUUUGGCCCUGUGAACUUGGGUCUUUCAGGGAGGGCCAGUUCUUCUCUAAAAUCAAACUUGGCAGUUAGUUUGCUCUGUGCAUGUGAGCAGGAAUUGGCUUGUAUUCCAUGUGUUGUAUGAAACACCCUUCACAUCAAAGGUACUGUAGUUUUGAGCACUUUUUGUUUGAGUCUCAGCAAGUGGUAGCAGUAGUGCCUUCUGAGACAGAGCAAGCCAAAAAGUAUCUUAGCAUCCUUGCAGUAGGGGAGGGGAGGGAUGUAAUCUAGGUAUUGUCUCCCAGUUGAGAUUUUAGUCACACCUACAUGUUCAGAUUUGUAGGUGACCUAAGAAGAGAAAGCUUCUUUCUUCAAAAUGUAUGUUUGUAGGUUGUCAGUCAGGUUUAAUACUUAAGAUCUUUCUGGACCUCUUAUCUUUUGGCAUCUGUUCUGUUCUGAUGUGAAAUUACUAUGAACUUUGCCAGGGUUCUAUCAUGGGAAAACAAAUGAAGCUAUUUUAAGUAAUGACAGAAGAACACCUUUACCUUGCCAGACUUCCAGGCCUGUAUCAAGGAUAUCCUGGCAUGUUUAAACUGUUCUUGAGGGUUUACUUGCUUUUUUUUUUAAUUCUUCGGUUUUUCUCUCAUCAUUCAAGCAUACCAGCUUUAUUUAUGUUAGACCUAAAUUAGAAGCCAUAUUAGCCUUAGUGCAUGUCCAUGCACUUUAGUAGAGCUGUGAAACUUGACCAUGAGUCUACCUGUGUGACUGUACAUCUGCAGAGUAACAGAUUUUCUAUGUAAUUUAUUUUUCAUUGAACAAAAAGUAGUCUGUAAACACUGCAGGAAUUGUAAAACAGGCUGCAGGAGUAGUAAUGUAUGCUUGUUUGUGAUUAGUGUCUGCAGUCAGUAAUAAAUUCAUACACUGAAGACCAGUCUGACUAGCUUAGUAAGUAAAGCCACUGGGAGAAAGCAAGCAAAGCUUCUGUGUUGUGACUAUUGUAGUGUGCGCAGAGCUGAGAGGAUCAGGGAAGUUGCUGUCUUCCAGCUCUGUCUGCCUUACCUUGCUCUUCAGCAACACAGGGUUCCAGAGGUGGACCCAUGCUACAGGUGGUGGGAACUGAAACUUCCAGGGGUGAUGCUCCAAAUACACUGGAGCCAUGUGAUCCCGUGCUGGUAGGAAUAUCCUCCUUCAGUGGGAGGAGCAGGAUAGUUUCUCAGUGUUUUGUUUUUCUGGCUUUAUUGGUAAUAAAAUGGAGAACACAGCUUUUUUUCAGUCUUCAUAACAGUAAGCUAGCUUGGGCUUCAGGCAGACAAAUUGAAAUGCAUCAUUUUGAUAAGUUAACAUAUUUUGUCCACUGGGGUUGAAAUAUUUUGCUUUGUUUCCUGUGGGAUUUGGAAGGGGAAUGCAUGAAGCAUAAAUAGGAGUAGAGGUGGAUUUUCUCUGUUUAUCUGGAGGAAAAUAAGUGUUUCAGGAUUGGCGUGCAGAGCUACAUGCAUAAAUGCAUUUCUAAGUAGGUGCACUAGCAUUGCACUUCAUUGAUAGGAAUAAAGUAUGUUUCAUUAUGUACUUUCAAAUGGCAGUUUCUUGCACAGCUAUUCCAAUACAGUAGGUUGCUGUUGCUCAGGGGAGGGGAUCUCUUUUCUCACUACCUCCUCACAGACCCACAGGCCUGUUUGCCCUGCUGGUGCUCUGGCUUGUCAGAUUCUGCAAGCCCAUUCAGUUAGUUGAAUCAGCCACAUGCAACAGUUUGGAAGAUGUUCUGUGGAGUCAGUGAGUCUGUGUGUUAGUAGCGUGAGAAGUCAGUGGAAUUACCUUCUGUCAUGAAAUUGUGCUGCAUUGUUAUUGGGAGCAGCAGUUACACAAAGUAACCUUUGGUGUUAGUUUGAUACUAAGAUCUGCUGAAGAAAGAUGAAGGUGUUGAGUUCGUUGGCCUUUUUAUGCCUAAGAUUUUGAUUAUCUUUGCUGCGAGACCAUUCAAAACUGUAAUUCAUCCCGUGAAAUCAGUGCCCACUGAUGCAGUCCGCUGCUAUGAACCAAAGUAGAAACUGAUGCUUUCACCUCUUUUCCAACUAUUCUGAAACAGUUUUAACACCCAACCCUAGUUCUGUUCCCGCAGGAAUGAAUUAGAAUUUUGUUGUAGACUGGAACAGCAAAUGUGGGGCUACCACUCAUAACCACACUUCAGGACAGCAGCAGCCUUUACAGCUGUAAUGCUUGAAAAUGGUGAGUUUACAGAGAUUUUUAGGGCAGGGUGAGGUCCCAGUUGUUAGUUGGAGGUGUUAAUGGGUUUGUGUGGAACCUGGUCUCACAGCAGCGGUAUCUGGUCCCUGACUUUCAACAUCGUUUGUCCCCAGUACUUGAAAUGUUCCCUCUUUUUCUUCUUGUUUCCUUCCCUGUACAGCGUGCACUCGCUUCAGUGGAACUUUGCUGUUGGAAUUCAAGCAGAGUUUGAAGUGUAUGGUUUAAUGGGUAUGUGUAACUUAGCACUGAGAAUGAACGUUAACUUUGUUUUCUACUUCGCGUGCUCACCUUUUUUAAUAUUUUUGUUAAAUACUGUAUUUUUCACUUCAAAGGCACUCUUAAUUUUUGAGGGAAGGCUUGAUCUGUGCAGUGUGCAUCAGUUUGUCCAGCUAGGCAAACAAAGUUGUAAGCUCAUUAUCGUUGCACUUUUAUUACACAAUAAAUUCUUUGCAGAUACUGUAAUAUAUUUUAAUACGCUUUGUAAUCAUUUUUAGAAAGUGGUGAUAAACAUUGCUGAUUUAAUAAACUAAUAUUGAAUUA